ACGAUCCUGAAGGAGCUGUGGCUGACAGGAAAUAACGCGGGAAGUGUUUUUGUAAGAAUCCAAAGCUACUGCAUAGAGCAAAUUGAACCCUGAGUACCCAUUGAAUAGAACGACGAGUUAUUCAGACUGUGGACACCUACUAAUUCAGGUUCUCCGGUUUCCCAGCGUCUGACAGGCCAAAAUGGCAUUGCAGCCAUUUCGCAAUGAACAGUUGAAUUAUUUUAAAUUCGCUUCCAUUGCUCUCAAUGAAUUCCCCAAGGCUUUACGUCAGACGUUUAAAUCUAUGUGGGACAACAACUUGAGACAUCGUCCCAGUCAUCAACUGUGGGAUGAUUCCGCUGCAGUGAGAAAUUUGUUUUUGACUUUUGAGGGUGGCCCUGGAAAAACCAAAGUUCCCACAAACCUCUCCUAUGAAGAAUGGGAUUGUACCAACCUGUUCCAGGCCACCAUCUACGCCAAUUCCUUUUCUAUGCCCGACAGUAGAGGUCAUCUCAAGACACUUGGUGAGCUACAUGUAAAACCUCGUAAACUGGCUCCUGGAGUAUUUCAUACGUCCGUGGUGAGCCCAGGAGGGGACAAUGCUGAAACUUUCGCCCUCGCCAUUGAUCAAUUGCGACUUCUACGAAAUGCACUUUGCCACUCGCACAGUUCUGAAAUUGAGAAAACUAAAUUUGAUCAUUACGUGCAGCUCGCUAAAGAUGCAUUUAAAGCCCUUGGUAUCAAGACUGACCAUGUUAAUGUUAUUGGUGGUUUAACAGAGUCAGAAUUUCCCACAGAUGAGGUUCGCAAAUUGGAGGAACGUCUAAAAGAAGAAUAUCGAGCUUGUGUAAGUUUUCUACAACAACAGAAUCAGCAACAGCAGCAAAACCUGGAAGGAAUGGCUUUAGUUAUCGAGGGAAUGGAUUCAGCUAUAAGAGAAAUAAAGAUUAGAGUGGAAAUUAUUCCAACAAAAGACGACGUCGCUCAGAUAAUGGAGCAAAAGAUGAAAGAUUUGAAACUAUCGCCAACUCAGGAAAGGCCAGAAUACAUGUCAUCCCUUGAAUCUGAAGAUGUUGCAGCUGUUCGGUAUAUUCAGAGGGAGCUUGAAACCCAACUGCUUAGAGGAGAGGACUCAAGGGCGGCUGACAAUUACUAUUUCCUUGGCAUAAUGAAACAUAAAGCGGGCGAUUUUGUCUCCGCUCUUAAGCAUUCUGAGCGUUCUCUUGAUAUAAGACGAAACCUACUCGGUGAAGAACACCCAGAUACUGCCAACAGUUACUUUUCCAUCGGAGCCACUCAACUUACCUUAGAAAACCUUCCCUCAGCUCUUCAGUCUGCACAACGUGCACUGGAGAUAAGACGAAAGCUGUUUGGAGAGGAACACCCAAGCACAGCAGACAGUCACUUCGCGGUAGGGGCAAUUGAACUUUCACUGGACAACUACUCUUCUGCCCUCCAGUCUGCACAACGUGCGCUAGAGAUAAGGCAAAAGCUGUUUGGAGAAGAACACCCAAGCAUAGCAGACAGUCACUUCGCGGUAGGGGCAAUUGAACUUUCAUUGGACAACUACUCUUCUGCCCUCCAGUCUGCACAACGUGCGUUAGAGAUAAGACAAAAGCUGUUUGGAGAAGAACACCCAAGCACAGCAGACAGUCAUUACGAAGUAGGGGCCGUUCAACUUUCAUUAAACAACUACUCUUCUGCUCUCCAGUCUGCAAAACAUUCUUUAGAGAUAAGACAAAAGCUGUUUGGAGAAGAACACCCAGGCACAGCAGACAGUCACUACGAAGUUGGGGCCGUUCAACUUUCAUUAAACAACUACUCUUCCGCUCUCCAAUCUGCGCAACGUGCGCUAGAGAUAAGACAAAAGCUGUUUGGAGAAGAACAUCUAAGCACAGUAUAUAGUCACUUAGCAGUAGGGGUCGUUCAACUCUCGUUAGGAAACUACCCUUCAGCUCUUCAGUCCGCAGAACAUGCAUUGGAGAUAAGCCAAAAGUUGUUUGGAGAGGAACACCUAAGCACCGCAGACAGUUACUUUUUGGUAGGAGCCACUCAACUGAAGUUACAUGACUUUUCCUCUGCCCUUCACUCUGUACAACGAGCAAUGGAAAUUAAAAAAAAGUUUUUCGGGGAAGAACACAUAACGAUAGCUGACAGUUACCAUUUAUUGGGACUUAUACAACACGAGCUGGGCGACUCUGCCGCAGCUCUUCAGUCUACAAACAAGGCACUUGACAUGGCAAGAAAACUCCAUGGAGAAGAACAACCCAGAAUUGCCAACAUUUACCAUUCGAUUGGCGUCUUACAGCAUGAGUUAAACGACAUUCCCACCUCUCUUCAGUCUCAUCAGCGUGAGCUUGACAUAAGACGAAAGUUACAUGGGGACGAAUGCUCGGAAAUUGCCGACAUUUACCAUUCGAUUGGCGUCUUACAGCGCGAGUUAGGGGACCCUUCUUCCUCUCUUCAGUCGCAUCAGUGUGAGCUUGACAUAAGACAGAAGUUCCCAGGAGAAGAACAGUCCAGAAUUGCCGACAUUUACCAUUCGAUUGGCGUCUUACAGUACGAGUUAAAGGAAGUUUCCUCCUCUCUUCAGUCGCAUCAGUGUGAGCUUGACAUAAGACGAAAGUUACCAGGAGAAGAACAGUCCAGAAUUGCCGAUAUUUACCAUUCGAUUGGCAUCUUACAGUACGAGUUAAAGGACAUUCCCUCGUGUCUUCAGUCUCAUCAGCGUGAGCUUGACAUAAGACGAAAGUUACAUGGGGACGAAUGCUCGGAAGUUGCCGACAUUUACCAUUCGAUUGGCGUCUUACAGCACGAGUUAAAGGACAUUCCCUCGUGUCUUCAGUCUCAUCAGCGUGAGCUUGAAAUAAGACGAAAGUUACCCGGAGAAGAACAGUCCAGAAUUGCCAACAUUUACCAUUCGAUUGGCGUCUUACAGCACGAGUUAAAGGACAUUCCCUCGUGUCUUCAGUCUCAUCAGUGUGAGCUUGACAUAAGACGAAAGCUACCUGGAGAAGAACAGUCCAAAAUAGCUGACAUUUACAACUUGAUUGGCGUUUUACAACACGAGUUAGGGGACUUUACCUCCGCCCUCGAUUCUUUUCAGUUUGCACUCAAUAUUAGACGCAAGCAUUUUGGAGAGGAACAUUCCGCCACAGCUCAAAGUUAUUUUUCCGUCGGGGAAAUUCAAAUCGUGUUAGGCGACUUCCACUCAUCCCUAUCAUCCAAGGAAAAAGCACUUGAGAUUAGACGCAACUUAUUUGGAGAAGAUGACGCAGUCACUGCUGAUAGUUACAUUUCGGUCGGAGUCAUACAUCUUAGGCUUCGUAACUAUAGCUUGGCAAUUCAUUCUCUACAACGUGGUCUUGAAAUAAGGCUGAAAGUAUGUGGGAAAGUACACUUAGAUACAGCUGAAAGUUACUUUUUACUCGGAAAAACACAAAACGAGUCAGGUGACUUUGACCCAGCUCUUAAGUCUGUACAUAGUGCGCUUCAUAUCCAUAGAAAACUGCUCGGGGAGGACGACCGAAUUACUGCUUCAAGUUACCACUUACUCGGGGUCAUUCAAUGUAAGGCGGGUGACUUCAAGUCUGCAAUUCAAUCAUUACAGCGUGAGCUUAGCAUCAUGCGUGAACUCAUCGGAGAAGAUAAUUCAAGCGUUGCUGACAUAUACCGCUUAAUUGGCAUCAUACAGGACAAGUUGGGUGACUUUCCGGCUUCCCUUCAGUCGUAUCAACGCGAGCUUGACAUACGAAGCAAAUUACUUGAAGAAAAAGAAGAAGACCCAAGUAUUGCGGACAGUUACACAGCAAUCGGUUGGGCACAACAUAAGUUAGGUGACUUUACUUCGGCUCAUCAGUCUGCUCAUCGGGCGCUGGAAAUCAGAAAAAUACUUUUCGGGGAUGAACACUCAGACACUGCCGACAGUUACCAAUUUCUCGCCGUCGUGAAAGGUGCAUUAGGCGACUCUGACUCAGCUCGUCGGCUGGAACAGUGUGCCAAUGAUAUCAGGAAAAGGCUAUCCUCGAUUUCAUAAAUCAUUAACUCACACAUGACAGCUACAAUUCAUUCCUGGCUGCCAAAUGUAAAACUUGUGUGAACCAUAUGCCCUUAAAAUCAGAUUGGAACACUGAAAAAUAGUCUUUUAUCAGCAUCUGUACAGGAUGCCAUGCAACAGUUGACUUUCGCUCAUUUCUUGAAUCUCCGCGGUGUGAUGCAGAGUCGCUAAGACUAUAAAGAAAAGCACUCGUCGAGGAAUGCUUUGGAGAAAAAUCAUAAGCUUUUGAAUAGAACUUGUGGACCACUUAAGACUGGUUUAUC